CCUAAAAUUAUUGAAAACCUUUCAGGUGCGGAACCCCACCUUUCGAUUUUUCCACCAACCAAUCCACUACAGAAACCAUCCGGAAAACAAGUAUCCCUUUUGUGUACUGUAGAGGAAGCCGGCGAGGACAUCCGUCCUGGGAUGAUUUGGAGCAAAUAUGGUGGACUCGAUCGAACUGGUAAUGUUGAAGUAAAGUCACUUGAUCAUCACACGAUGAGCCUCCUUAUCAGGAACGCUAGCGCUGAAGAUUCUGGUCUCUACACGUGUCAGGCACAACUUGGAAGUCGUCUGCUGUCUCAGACCGUCGAUGUCAACAUUUUUGAGAACUUCACUUUCGCUUCCAAGAAAACAGCAAUUGGACCUGUGGCACUAGGUGGCGCUGCCAACCUUAGCUGUGAGGUUUCACCACCAUCGGUGAAGGUUCACACGGUAUGGACGCGUGAAGGAGUUGCAAUUGAUCAAGGUAUUUAUGGAAACUUAUGCAUACGGAUGUGA